UUGUGUGAAGCGCUUAAGCACAUGAAACCAAACAGCAACGGCUCGAUUAUCCAGAAGAUGAACACUGGGGCCCCGAAUUUAGCAUUGGGGGAGAACCCAGAAAGCCAGCCUGUCCUACCGACGGCUACACUGCAACGUGUUUUUCCACCGCACAGCUGACAGCACAAACUCACAUAGCCGCACUUGUGAAAAGCAAAGCAAAGCAAAGCGGAGAUCCACCGAAAUCCCUCUUUUCAUCUCUCCAAUCUUCCAAAGCUGUGUUUUUUUUUUUUUUGCAAGAAAAUAGGUGACAGGGGCGGAGGAGAGCUGAAAGCCUGAAACUUGCACCCCAGGUGUUUGUUUUAUUGCCAAUGCCAGCCUUUUCAGUGCCCAAUUCUUGCUUAUUUCGUUUCGCUGUGGUUCUGUGCUUUGCUGCUCUGGGUUUAGCUGGAGACCCUUAUGUCUUCUAUGACUUGACUGUCUCCUACCUCACUGCUUCCCCUCUUGGUGUCAAGCAAAAGGUGAUUGGAGUAAAUGGGCAGUUUCCUGGGCCCAUUCUAAAUGUCACUACCAACUGGAAUGUUGUUGCAAAUGUCAAAAAUGAUCUUGAUGAGCCUUUGCUUAUUACAUGGAAUGGUGUCCAACAUAGAAAGAAUUCUUGGCAAGAUGGUGUCUCUGGCACGAAUUGUCCCAUUCCUGCUGGAUGGAAUUGGACGUAUCAGUUUCAAGUCAAGGACCAGAUAGGAAGUUUCUUCUACUUUCCUUCAUUGGGUAUUCAGAGAGCAGCUGGUGGUUAUGGAGGAAUCAUAAUAAACAACCGAGAUAUUAUCCCCUUACCAUUUGGGUUUCCAGAUGGAGAUAUUACCUUGUUUAUUAGCGAUUGGUACACUAAAAGUCAUAAGGAAAUGAGAGAAGAUCUUGAAAACGGUGUUGGACUUGGAUCACCCGAUGGUGUUCUUUUUAAUGGAUUAGGUCCAUACCGCUAUGAUAAUGGAUUGGUACCCGAUGGUAUUCCUUAUUCAAUUGUCACAGUUGAUCCAGGUAAAACAUACCGCCUGCGGGUACACAAUGUCGGGACAUCUACCAGUCUGAAUUUCAGAAUCCAAAAUCAUAAUUUGCUUCUUGUUGAAACUGAGGGUUCAUACACGGUGCAACAGAACUAUACAAGUAUGGAUAUCCACGUGGGUCAAUCAUACUCAUUUUUGGUCACAAUGGAUCAAAAUGCUAGCAGUGAUUAUUACAUUGUUGCCAGUCCACGCUUUGUAAAUUCAUCUGAUUGGACGAAGGCUGUGGGAGUUGCUGUAUUACACUACACAAAUUCACAAGGACCUGUUGCAGGUCCUCUUCCAGACCUUCCUAAUGAAAAUGACAAGUUUUUCUCGAUGAGUCAAGCAAAAUCCGUAAGAUGGAACGUAACAGCUAGUGCUGCCCGCCCAAACCCACAAGGUUCUUUCAAGUAUGGGGAUAUUACGGUGACUGAUGUUUAUGUCAUCCUCAAUAGGCCUGCAGAGCUUAUCGAUGGAAAAUGGCACACUACACUUAAUGGCAUUUCAUACUUGGCCCCUGCAACACCUUUAAAGCUUGCCGAGCAAUUCGACAUACCGGGGGUUUUCAAGCUUGAUUUUCCGAAUAGACUGAUGGACCGACCUGCUAAAGUUGAUACGUCUGUAAUCAAUGGUAGUUACAAGGCAUUUGUGGAAAUCAUAUUCCAAAACAACGACACAACUGUUCAAAGCUACCAUCUUGAUGGGUACGCCUUCUUUGUUGUCGGGAUGGAUUAUGGUUUGUGGACCGAGAACAGUAGAAGCACUUACAACAAAUGGGAUGGCGUGGCUCGGUGUACUACCCAGGUGUUUCCUGGCGCUUGGACGGCUAUCUUAGUUUUUCUCGACAAUGCUGGUAUCUGGAAUCUCCGUGCUCAGAACCUCGACUCCUGGUAUCUUGGCCAAGAAGUAUAUAUUAGCGUCGUGAACCCAGAGAUCACAGACAAAACCGAGCUAUCUGUGCCGGACAACACAAUCUAUUGUGGUGCACUAUCACCUCUGCAGAAAGACCAAUCACAGAGAGUAAAUUUCUCCAAGGGCACACCGCAAUUUCCAAGAACAGUCCAAACAGCUGUAAUCGCAAUCGUUGCAGCCAUAAUUCAAACUUUAAUGACAUGGUAAAAUGCCAAAGCCUCACUCAACCAUGACACUUCAAACCCGCGUAAGGAUCUUCUCUCCCUUGUUUUUGGGCUUUUGUUUGUCGCCUUCGUGUAUAUUUCGAAUCAGCAAAAGAAAUAUAACCCGGAUUAUAUGAUUCUCCAUUCUAAACGUUGUUGACUACAUUUCGUGUAUCUCUGUUGUGUAUUGUUUGUAGGCAGUAGCACCAUAACUGUAAAUACCAAGUUGCUUGCCUGUUGCUUGCAAGUCAAUUCAGUGGUUAACAGUUAGCUAAGCAAUUUGCAAGAAAAUGUUCUGUUCUUGAAA